AUGGGUAGAGUUAUCAAAGAAUUUUACAAUUUAAGGCAUAGAUAUUUGGAUAAAAGGAAAGAGACAAAUAUAAAUAUUUUAAAAAGUACUAGAAAUAAAAUAACGUGCAAUAAUGACGUAGCGGUUACAAAUGCAUCCACCCAUUUACGCGAAAAUAAAGAUGAAUGCAACAAGAAUGCAGCAACAAGCGCGAAUAAGGUAAAGGCGCAGAGGAAGACCUCUGGGUUCAGGAAGAACCAUGAGUCGGCUGAACACAGUGGGAGGCAUAAAGACAGGACCAAACACAAAGGCGAAGAGAAAGGCAGCGACAAAAUUGGCAAAACGAGCAAAAUGGCUAAAAUAGCCAAAAUAGCCAAAAUUGAUAAAGGCGAUAAAAGCGACGCGAACGAUGCGAAUUAUGCGAACGGUGCAAACAAGGCGAACAACGCACCGGAGGGACCAAUCAACCACAAAACAGGUCCCAAAGGUAAAAAAUGCCAAUUGCACAAAUCGGAAGGGUGCAAAGACCACAACAUAAGCUACGAUGACCAACACGCAGGCGAAUGUAAAAUCAUCGCAAAUACGAAUGAAACAGACACCUGUUCAGAUGUUUACGUGGCAAAUUCAAACAACCCGUCAGAGUAUCCCCAUAAUGAUAACAAAUUGAGUAGCCACUCGGGCUCUACCUCCAACAAGACACAUGAGCACCUCGUUGAAGAGGAAAACAUCAACAACGUGAAUAAUUCCGAAAUAAAAAACGUGUACGACGUUUUAGAUAAAAAUUUUGGUUUCAUCUCCUGCACUAUUAAUAGUAACGGAGCUAACACGAGAGGCGGCACCAGUAGCAUAAUUCAAAGUGACUGCCGACGUAAGCAUGAGCAACAAAAUUACAGCCGUGCUACAUCUAAUAUUUGCGACAACAGGAAUGAUGGCGAAAAAGUGGCGCACGCAACGAUAAGUUGUGACAAAGUAAAUGCAAAUGGAAAUGCAAAAAAUGAUGAUCAUGUCGAAGGUAGUAAUUCCUACUGUGGUGAAAAAUGUGAUGAUGAUGUCGUGAAGAAUAUAUGCGAGGGGGGGCCCCAAAUGAAUGAAGGUAGUCAUAAUAGUAGGUACCCCUUCACCGAUGAAAAAGAUUUAUCCGUUUUGGAGAAUAUUGACUCGUCUGGGGACCACAAUGUAACAAAUGAAAGUAUCCACAUAAAAGAAAAAGAAAAUACACUUAACAUAAACAAAGUGAGCUUUCCAAAGGAGUGCCAAUCCAAUCUGUUAAUAAGCGAAAAAAAUGAGGACCAUAGCUGCCAUAACCCUUCAUUUCUUAAUAAUAAAAUAAACGAACUAACGGAUAGAUACACACACUGUGCAGAGACAACGCACCAUGGAACUAAUGACACACAUGAUAACCCUAUGGGCAGUAAGCUCCAAAUGGAUAAAACGAUUUAUAGGUACCACUGCGAUAGGGACCAAAUUAGCAAUAGCCAAAAUGUCAAGGGUAUAACCAGUUGCGAGGACAGCGGGGAACAAUAUAACAACCAAGUCUGUGUGAACACCUGUGGAAAGAAUCCCACAAAUCAAAAUGAAAAACAUUUUGAGGAUGCACAUAAGUCGAAUGUCGCCCUCACAAAGUGCCUUUCAAGUAACAACUCUGAGCAAAAAGAAAAAAGGAACGGCACCAGCAACACUGGCAGCGAGGACCAUAGCACCAAUUAUCGCACGCAAAAUGGAAACGACGCCGGAGAUGCCUACAGCAGUAGCCGCAACAACGGACAUAAUGACAACUGCUACGGUCAUAACUGCAACAGUAGCAACAAUGCGAAAAAUGGCAGUGACGACGAUAAAAAUGGCAGCGAUGAUGAUAAGAAUGGCCGGGACGAUGAUAAAAAUGACCGGGACGAUGACAAAAAUGCCAGUGAUGAUGACAAAAACGACAGCGACGAUGAAAAGAACGAAAGCGAAGAUGAAAAGAACCAAAGUGACCACGAGCAUAACGAGUUUGAUGCGGAGGGGAAACCCAAUAGGGAUAGCUUCAAAAAUUCCCACAAGGCUGUCAACCCAGAUUACCACGAACUACCGAUCCAGCAGAGCAAAUUCUAUUCCAAAGAAGCCCAACACGAGGAAGUAAGCAACCUGUACAAAGAAAUGCUGACCAAACACAUGAACAGUUCAGGCGAUUUACUCAAAGAAUUACAUAUGCAGAAAAAUGAAAGGGAAAACAGCCCAAAUAAUAAAUACCUAGAAGAGGACAAUUACGUAAGAAGUGAUGAUAUAACCCUACCCAUUAAUCAUUUCCUCAAAAAAAAAGAAAACUAUAAUUGGAAUAAAGAACAUUACGAAAUAUUCCACUCGUUAAAUGAUAUAAUAUGUGAAGUGAAAAAAAAAAGCAACUUGUUUAUAAAUAAUUAUAAGAAUAAGGAGAUGGCCAUAGACAGUAGUAACAACGCACUAAAGAGCAAAAUCGAUAGCACCCGCUUCAGCAGCAUAAACAAGAAUGGCAAUUACUCCAACCGUAUGCACCUCCCAACCUAUGCAGAUAGCAAUAUAAGAAAAAAAUAUAGUGCCGAACAUUCCAGUAACAAUUUGUAUAAUCACAAAAUCGGCAGCAACAAUGCAUUAAAUGUAAAGCAUACGUCCCAUUUAGGGUCCAGAAACAACAGUGCUUAUCCCCCCGAGAUGGAGGACUCCUCUGGUUAUGGCUGCAACAGUUACAAAGGUAACCACAUUGACGAUGUCAGCUGCAACAGCGCGAACUGCAGCGAACACGAUUGUGAUAAACAGCCCCUUAGAAAUAAUAGAAGCCCCAUCAAAUGCAGCAAAAUAAGCAACUUCAAAAUGUACAACAUGGGGACGGAGAAUAUACACGUAGGAAACUCCACGAAUAAGGCAACUCUCCAAUGCGACGGGAACUUUAAGACCCAGCGAAGCGACCCGUUCGAACACAACAGUCACCUCCUCCAUAAGAAUAAACAAAAAGAAAGCUGCUAUUCCAAGCAGGUACUGUUAAAAAACGUGGCACACAAAGUAGACAGCAAUUUCGUGCAAAUUAAGAAAAAGGAAAACAUAAGCGCACACACGGAUCCCUUUAACGAGCACGCAAAAGUGAAAGACAUAUAUGUGAAGGAAAGCCCAAAUGGUAAAGAUAGCUUAAUAAAUAAAGAUAUGUACAACAAUUUUACAUUAACAGAGACGUCGAGUGCACUUCCAUAUGCACAACACAACAAAGGGAGCAAUGCCCCCUUCGACAGUUCUCUUAUGAAUUCCUAUUUUUAUUUAAAAAAUGAGUUAAAAGAAGUAGACGACAUUCACACAUCCAUCUCGAACGACAUCAAGGCGAACGGGCAGUGGUCCCAGAGGAGGAGCCUGCCAACGAGUCUACCAACGAGUCUACCAACGAGUCUACCAGCGAAUCUACCAGCGAAGGGUGUGGAGAACCCACAGAAGGACGCUCCAUACAGUAACACCCGCAGCAACGCACAUCAACCCAUAAGUCACCAUCACGAAGUGACCAAAGCGAGUAGAAAUAACACAGAAAAGGAGACGGACAGGAUAAUGGCAGCGAAAGGAUAUCUAGAUAGAAACCACAAUUUCCUGCAGUGCAACCAAUACGCAGAUAAUCACAUAGUCCUAGAGGACAGCGUUGAAGAUGUAACUUACGAGAUUAAACAUGCAAAUGAAGAAAUGGGUGCCAACAGAAGUGGCGCCACGAACACCGCGAGAAAUGCAAAUCCCUUUUUAACAAAAUGUUAUAACGAAAAAAAUGAUUAUGAAUACAUCGAGGAUGACAACUCUGUGUAUAGCGUAAAUAACGGACAGCCUGAUCAGAAAGUUCCUUACCUAAUAAUUAACAAUGGCCAUCGGACGAGUGACAAAAUGGACGGCGUGCACUAUGCCCCAGAGCGCACAUUAAACCGAGGCGACUUCUUAAGCGCAAAUGACACACACGGAUUUUUCCCCAAGGGGGGAAACAACAACGGAGUUUGCUCUAUGGAGGAUGGUGAUGUCGUCGAAGUAAUUCCCAGCGAAGUGGAAGUCACCAGUGCUACCCUCGCUGCGGAUAAUUAUAGCCAGCAAAGUGGUGAUCACACCUGUAACCGAGGCAGCAAAGGAAGCAACUACGAAAGUGGCAACUGCGAAAGGGGCAACCUCGAAAGAGGCAACUGCGGUGGUAAGAAGAAACAUAGCAGCUGCGCGGAACUGCCCAGUAGUCGCAAAACUGUUGGGAACAACUACCUCACGAGAAGCAAGUCCAGCCUCGACAUCCAGCACAACUAUUCAGAUCAUAGCAUUGAUUCCAUUUAUGACCGAAGAAGGAACAGGCUAUACGAAUACGACUCCGUAAUGGGUAGGAAAAAAUUGAGAAAACAGGGGAGACCAAAACUAACACAAAAGGCGACAAAGAAAAAGCGAAAGACGAGAUCGUUAAAUGAUAUAGAUAUGAAUUACUCCGUUGAAGUCCCAAAGUUAGGCAGAGGGAAACGGAGGAAAAGAGGUUUCAAACUUAGGAGCAAAAAUAAAAACAAAAACAUCAGCGCGAUUAGCAGCGGAAAUGGCAAAAGAAGCGAAAGUACAAACAUGAACAGCAGUAGCCACGAAAUGUGUAACCCGAAUAGAGACCCAUUCAACUACGAAAAGAUGGAAGAUGAACCAAUCCACAUGACGAACGAAGAAUUUCAUCAUAGCAAAAUUUCCAGCGGCAACAUAAACUAUGAGCAAAGUAACCUAAAUCCAUAUAGACAAAGAAUCACGGCGGCAGAUUACAACGGAGGAGGCAUCGCAUCGGCUGAUAUGAAAGGCUCUAGUUUAAGCUCGAUAGACUAUUACAGGAAUUAUGACUCGGUCCAAUGUGUGAAAGGGGAUUUACUAAAAAAUGAAAAGUUCCCAUUCAUCUUUUACGAUUCGAAUAUACGCAAUUUGGUAAUAUACUACAAGGAAGAUUGCAGUGACGAAAUUAAAUGCAAAUAUUUUUCCGCCCAACGAUUUGGACACGCAACAGCUAAGAAAAUUGCCCUGAACUUUCUAAGGUCCCUAGGAAUCAAUCCAGAUCACCUAGAAAAUAAUAAUGUCUUUUCCUAUGAAAAGGACUCCAAAAGUAAGCUGUUCAACAUGGCAAGAGGAAAGGCAUAUGUAGACAAAGAAGAAAACUCAAAUAUUAAUCUUAUAUAUGAUACCAAAAAGAGAAACGUAAUCGUCUCAUGGAUUAACAAAGUGAAAGGAUAUAGCUUCAGGAAAUUCUCAACACAGAGAUUCGGGUUCGAUGUUGCCCUAUGCCUGUCCAUCGAUUUCUACAAAAAUUUAGGAGGAGAAAAAGAAGAAGAGGAAAUACGAAAUUAUAUUAAUAAAGUCAAUUCAAAUUUUAAGAGCAUUCGAAUAUUAACAAGUAAAAAAAAAAAAAGAAAUUUAAAAGGAAAAAUCAUAGAUGCCACCACCGAAUUUAUGGACCUAUAUUCCAAUAGCUACGAAAAUAUGUACGAUCAUACCUCCCUCUCCUACUUCUAUUUUAGUAACAUAAAAUACAAUAUAGAAAAUAUAAAAAGGAGGAGUACACAAAACGGAACAAGUACCAACAAGGAGAUGAACAAGUACACCAAUUUGUUCUACAUAACCGAUCAGUUUUAUCAAAUAUUCGAAUGCAAGUUGAAGAACAUACAUAUGGAGCAGGUAAAAAUGACGAGGGUUUAUCAGUACGAUUUCUUCCUAAAUAAAACCUUCUAUUUCUUAUAUCUCAAAUAUUUAGAAAAUGUCAAGUCGGCGCUGUGCGAUGAGAAUGUCCACAACUUCGCAACCAUGUGCGAGCAGGUGAAGUCGUGCAGACGGGGUAAGCAGGGCAAUCAGUGCAAGCCGUACAAACAGUGCACCGUGCAGCCAUGCCAUAAGGUGCUAAGCGCAACCGAUGAGCAGUAUGCCAGUGACACCCCCACCAACUACUUUCAACUGGUGGACCUCUACUGCGAUAGCGAUAUUCAUAGGAACUGCACCAAUGGAAAUAUUAACUACUUCAUGAGUAAGAUGGACUACUACAGGGACGAAGACAUCCUGAUGAAAGGCUACUACACCGCGGAUGACACCAAACUGUAUGAAUUGUUUUUCCUUUCCAGUGGCCGUAAAGGGGGACUGGAAGAGGACACUUCCCUAGUCGACCUAAACAGCAACUCCUACAACGACAGGGUGUACCCCGAAAGGAUUUAUCAUAAGAAGCUCUACAAGAACGAAGACCAUCACAGCGAACUCUACCCAGGGGGAGUAAGCCCAGUGCAAAAGACCAACAGAAGAACAACGAGAAAUAAAAACGCCGAAAGAGGAAAGCCCUUCCAGGACUACCACUUUUAUUACAAUAGUGGAAACGAGCUUGGGAGCGGUAAUGGCAAUCCUAGCGGAGAUGGCAACAACUGCAACUGCGGUAGUAACAACUGUGGCGACGUGAACAGCAGCAGUAGCGGUAGCAAACGCAAAAACUCCUACAGCCAGUUUGACAAUACUGAUGAUGAUGACGACGACGAUGUGUGGGUUUACAACGAGAAGAAAAAAGGCACCAUAAAGAGAAGAAGGAUGUCCAAACAUAGAAAGAGGAGCAAAACGAAGGGAAAGGCAAAACAUAGUACUAUGUCGAAAAGGAACUCCAUCAUGAGUACCAAAAAAAGUGAGAGCUAUUAUGAAGACGAGGACGAGGAGGGAGACGAAGACGAAGAGGGAGACGAAGACGAAGAGGAAAUGCUACUAAACCAAGUGAGUAGCUACAAAAAAGUUGGUAAAGAAGCGAAUAAAAUGAGAAAUAAAUCUACCGGAAGAGGGAAAAAUAAAGGGGCUCACAAAGGAGCGAGCAAGAAAACCGGGAGGGGAACCAACAAACGGAUGCAUAAGAGGACUCUUAAAAACGCAAACAAAGGUGUUGCCAAAGGGGGCACAAGAGGAAUCAACAAAGGCAACCACCAAGAGCAACAUAACAUGAACUAUUUAAAAAAUAAAAAAUUCUCAUCAACGAAUAAAAAUAUAAGCAACUUACUUACCAAGGGGAGAAAAUACAUUCUCUGCUACAACUAUAUGGGGAAGAUCCAGGUGAAGGUGUUCAGUGCUGAUAUAUAUGGCUCCAUGACGGCUCAGAAAAAAUCUGUUGCAUUUUUACAGCAAGUUAGGAGAGAACUAAAAAGUGAGGGUAAAAUUCUAUACAGCGAGAGUGACAGCAAAACUGCAUAUGAUGUAACAACGUCGCUAAUGGAGUCGGCUCUCUUAAAUCCGUAUGACCACCAUGGUUCUUCGAUGAACAAUAAUAUCCAGUGCGCAGAUCUCCCAUCUCAGGCGAACAACACGGUUGUCAAAAAGAGGAGGGGGAGGAAACGCAAAAAAAGGGAAGACGCAGUGGAAGAAGUGUUUGAAAUGGCCGUGGCGCUGCAGGCGGGGCAACUCGAAUGGAAGGCCCAGUUCGCGCAGGAGCAGGCAAAGCAGGAGGACGCAGAACAGCAGACGAAUCGGCAGACGAAUCGGCAGACGAAUCAGCUGACGAAUCAGCUGACAAAUCAGCAGACGUACCAGCAGAGCGACCUCGGGGCGCAGAAAUGUGCCGGGGGGAGGACGACCAUUGGAAAGGGCAAAGAAAACGAGCCGAGCUCCCAAUUAAGCUCCCAAAUGAACACCCAAAUCAGUGACGAAAAUGCGCCUGCGAACAACUACCAACAUACGAAGCUAAGCGACUCCGCGGAUUACCAAAGCAUGCACUACUUUUACGAAAAUGAAGACAAUAAUGAAAACGUAUCGAUGUGCCAAUUGCACAGUUGUGAAGAUAAAAUGGUUAACACUAAUGACCCCAUUAUUCUUUCCGAAAGUUUAAUGAAGACGUAUUCACCCAGUGAGCAACUUCAUAGCGCACUGGACACGCAGAAUAAGGACUACAACGGAAAGGAAGAGGAAUAUGAAAAAGGCACUUUUGGAGAACCCGUUAAAAGGAACCCAAACGGUAGUGACCCCCCUUUAAAUGAAUACAUAAACGACACGACAAGGGAAGAAAGAAACCCUUUUGAUCAUAAAAGCGGAGUGAAUUCUUUGAACAAGGCAGCCCCUUCGAUAAGUUGCACAAAGAGGUAUAGUGACGCAACGGAAUAUGAAAUAAGCACCAUGGUAAGUAACAAAAGGGAGCAUCUGAACAGCACCAUAAGGAGUGAAAGCGAAGAUGAAAAGGGUAAAGUCACUUCCCAGAUAAAUCAAAACGAACAGUUGAGUCUACACUUGGGGAAAGACAAAACGCAAAAUAGCAGCCUCAUCGGGAUUGCGAAACAUAACUACUUAAGUAGCGAUAAAAGGUCUGCCAUAGAAGAUCCCCAAAAGGGAAAAAUAAACACUUCCAUUUGCUUCAACAAAUUAAAUUCUGAACAGAAAGUAGUCAAGGGGUACUUAACCCUAAGAAAAGAAAAAACCAUCACACCAAAUGUAAAAAGGGUGUACUCCUUAUACGAUUUAUACACGAAAAUUAUUAAUGAGUGCGAUUACGCAGAUUUCUUAUCGCAACAUAGUGCUCGGAAGAUACUCAAAAAUAGGAAGGGUGAUCCCAAUUAUGGCCCAAAUGAUGAUCCAAAUGAGGAUCCGAAUGACGAUCUAAAUGACGAUCCGAAUGAUGACCUUAUGGACGAUCAGGAUGACGACCCAAAUUAUGAUCCAAAUUAUGACCUCAUGGGCGAUCAGGAUGAUGAUCCAAAUGAUGACCCACUGGAUGAUUUUUCCCCCUACAGCAAACGCAUUAUUAUGAAAAGUGGAAAAACAGAACGGGCGAAUAGGAACCGCAUACCAAGAACAAGGCGUAAUCAAGGUGGACUGGCGAAUAACGAAGUGGUCAAUAAAAGCGAAUGUCGUGAUAAGGCCAAUCUUCCAAAGGGAAAGGAGACCAAGGCGGAAAGGGGAACCGCUACUGGAAGAGGCACACGUGAAGACGCCGAAAUGGAAAAAUUCAUUAAAAGUGGAGAAUCGCUUAGCAGCAGUGACCAUGCGUGCUCCCCACGCAAUUUCAAAAAUGACUGGAGCGGACUGGUCAAGUAUAACACUGCAAAAGGCGUAGUCAAAAUCCCCAAAAUAUGCGUCCACAAAUUGGCUAGAAAAAAAGGGUACACCAAACUGACUUGCAUUAUUUACAGAGGAAAGGGAGAAUUCGUUUCUUAUUUCCUAGAACGGAGCAACAAAAAAAGUAAUGACAGAAACGCGGUGCAAAAUGAAAAGAAGGAGGACGAUAUUACCAAACCGAAGGUACCCCUUAAGAGUAUCGAAAAAGAUGGCUGUGCUAAGUCAAAUACCUACCAGUGCAGCACUGGUGGGAAUGCAGCCAAAGAACAGGCUACACAAUCGAACAAGAAAUAUUAUUUAAGAGAAAAGCAAAGCAACCUCUUAUCAGAAAAUGCUAUGUUUUAA